AUGACCGCACUCAUUAAUAGCGUGCAUAGAAGAGAAGCUCGAUCCUCAUUUUCUCUUGCAAUUUCCGAAACGCGAACUCGUUCUCUCUCUGUAGGUUCUUUCAAGAUGGGUUCCAGAGGAAACCACGGUGCCGCUUUCCAGAACGUCGUAGUAAUGAGGCACGGCGAGCGCUUCGACAACUUCCACCCUUCGUGGGCCGCCACCGCCGCGCGGCCCUGGGAUCCUCCUCUGGCCGAACCGGGCCGGAAACGGGCUUUCGAAACGGGCCGGAGGCUCCGAGACAGUCUCGGAUUUCCGAUCCGGCGGGUCUUCGUUUCGCCGUUCCUACGUUGCGUCCAGACCGCCGUCGAACUCGUCGCUUCCCUCUCCGCCGGGGAGGAGGGUGGCAGCCCCACCACCGGCGAUGGUGUUACCGUUGUUGACCCUUCUGAAGUCAAGGUCUCUAUUGAGUACGGAUUGUGUGAAAUGAUGAACAACAAGGCUAUUCGUCCAAAUGUUGCUCCUAAAGAUGGAAAUAUGAGGUUUGAUAUAGCAGAGUGUGAAGCCAUGCUUCCACAUGGGAUAGUGGAUAGAAAUGUUAAAAGGGUGUAUAAAGAGCUUCCACAGUGGGGUGAAUCAGAUUUAGAAGCAGAGGAAAGAUAUAAGCAGUUAAUUAAGGACCUUGCAGAUAAAUAUCCUACCGAGAACUUACUGUUUGUUACACAUGGAGAAGGAGUUAAGGUGGCUGUUUCUUCAGUUAGAAAGGAUGUUGCGGUAAAUGAGGUGGAGUACUGUGGAUAUGUAGAACUUAGACGUCCUAUUUUCAAGAAAAAUCACACAUUUACCUUUGGAGAAUUUGACUUACUUACUCUUAGUGGUAAAACUGGUGUAUGUUAUUCCUUCCCAUGUUCUUUAGAAAAUGCAUCCAACCAAAGAUCAUCGUGA